GUCCGACAUAUGGAGGGCAGGGAUUACAACUUUGCAAGUGAGGAAGUUCAAGUUGCCAUCUGCUCCCCAUCACAUAGUGUAUAAAGAGUAGUCGCCAGCUGGCAGCUGAGCGCCUGAAAUAUGGUCCUGUAGAUUAAAGCCUUCAGUCCUAGCCUGGAUUAACUGUGGACUACGAGUCCCUAAAUGCAUCGCGGCGGAGCAGGAAGUAGCUAGGGCUGGCUACCUAUUGGUGGCCGCUGCGACACACUGAUUGGAAGGGCUUCCUCCGCGCAAACUCUGUGGCUCUCUCCUAUGGCGCCAUGCAUCCUGAACAGGCUACGGUGUGGUACCGGCGGAUGUCUGUGGUCUACGCAAUGGGCGCCUGGUCAGUGCUGGGCUCGGCGAUUUUUCUUACACGGAAGCAGAAGGCGUCAGGUAGGGUCCCCCGGCGAGAUCCGCCUCGCAGCCGCCGCUUCCCGCUCAUCGCCCUGGGAGUCACCGAAGCGACCUUCAGGGCUUGAACCCUUGGGUGAUGGAGCGGAGCCAAAGGAUGAUGGCUCUAGGAGUGAAUCGCCUGUGUCCGACCUGGAAAGGGACAUAAAUGAGCCCAUUGAAGGACUUUCUGUGAAAACGUACGUAAAGUAUUCAGAAGAUUUUGUUCCAGUUACUCAAAGGAUCAUGGACUAUCUGCGGUCAUGGACCAGUGGGCCUGGACCGGAAUCUUGAUUGCCUGCUGAAUUCGGAAAACAAGGACUUGGCUCAGUACUUGAUAGAUGCCCUGAUUUUUUCCAUUUCUUGUUUGUGGAAAGAAUGUAUUUGUUUUGAUUUUACAAAAUAUAAUCACUAAUGUGCAACAAGUGAAUUCUUGGGGGAACUGAACACAUUAAAUUCAAGAGGCAGGCUUCUAUGUUUAUAUGGCUGAAA